AUGAAAACUCUAGGCUAUGAUUCUCCAAUCAGCCAUAACACCUCGUUGUGCCAAUCAGCAGAAGACCCGUCCUCGAACUACGAAAAUAUGGAUCCGAAACACCGUGAAGCCAUGAGGCAGAUCGGCUCUUCGAUGGACUACAAAUGGUCCGGUCCAGUCUCUCCGCAAGAAUUUCUCGACACGUUCCUCGACGUUGUGGUACCCAAAGCGAUGCCCAAUCUCACUCGCAAUCGCCAGAUGGCUCUGAAGGCUGCUAUUACUGGGCCUUCAAACCUUCGGAGAGGUCAUCAGGCCGGGCAUCGCGAACGUUUCUCGUACAGUUCAUUGAUUAAGGCCUUGAAAGACUAUUGCCCAAAUUUGGAACUGGAGAAGGCCGUUGAUACUCCGGAGACUGUACUUUGGAACAACAACAGCGUCAAUAUCAAGCCUAACAUCAUUGCAUAUGACUCAACAUAUCAUUCACCGAAAGCUACUAGGAGGGCAGAUUUAAGUCUGGCUGAAAUCCUAUUCGAAAUCGGAAUUAAAAGAAAUGGUGUUGCUCUGGAUCCCUUUGCAAAACCCGAUACUGGGUCCUCAAAUAGUGACGAAGUCAACGACAUUCUGAAGCUCGCGCUCGACCAGAUAUCGAGUCAUGUCGGCGCCGUCUUCGCGAGCCAGUUUCGGACCCAUUGUUUCACUGUUGUCAUACUUGGUGAAUAUGUUAGACUGGUUCGGUGGGAUAGAGGGGGUGCUACGUUCACGGACAAGUUCCACCUUUGGGAAGAACCCUUCCUUUUGGAUUUCCUUUGGCGGUACAAUUCGGCUGAUGGGGAGCCUCGCGGUAAUGAUCCAUCUGUGGUCGCUCUCAAUGAGAAGGACCCAGUUGGAGAGAGACGAGCUUCAGGGGCGAAAGAGAUCCUGGGGAUGGAGGAAAAGGAGAAGGUGUACGAGUUUAGGAUCGAUGAUGAGGCCACGAAGGAAAGGCACGUUUUCUACGGUGGGAAAGUGGUAAUGAAACCACAACCAACUCCUACUGGGCGUGCUACUCGUGGAAUUCUCGUCACUACGUCGGAUGCGUUGGACUUGGUUGGGUCCAUUGCGGAUUGGUCAGGUCAUAUUCACUAUAUGAAGGAAACCUGGCGGUUCAGCUUGGAUACGGUAGAACCUGAAUGGAGGAUCUAUCAGCGACUUAAAGAUGCCAAUGUUCCUCAUGUGCCAACAAUCCUCGCUUCGGGUGAUGCUGUGGGCAAGUGGCAGUCAACGGUUACGGGAACGGUCGGACCGACGACGGAUGGCCAUGAUAUAUGGAGGCACUACCAUUGUUUUGUCGUUAUGAAGGAGGUUGGACGCCCCUUGACUGAUUUUAAGCUUCAUAAAGAGCUUGUGGGUGCCAUGAGAGACGCGUUGAAAGCGCAUCAAGCAGCCUACGAAAGAGCGAAUGUCAUCCAUCGCGACGUUAGCGUUGGAAAUAUUUUAAUCUAUGGCCAAGGCGGCCUCCUUAUCGAUUGGGAAUUCUGCAAAGUUGUUCAUCCUAGUAUACCUGAUACGCCACGCCUGGAUGAGCGAACGGGAACAUGGCAAUUUAUUUCGGCUCGCAUUCUGUUAUUAGCAGGAAAGGACAUGGUGCAUACCGUUAUCGACGACCUCGAGUCUUUCUUCCACGUCUUGUGUUGGGUGGCGGUACAAUACGUCGAACAUGCGCUAUCUGAUUGGCAGAUCAAGGGACAUUUGCAAUCAGUAUAUGACCAUGCAACGCAAAUAAACGGGAUUAAACUCGGUGGGUUCGGUAAAGAACUCGCAAUCACUUCGAGGAGGUUUUCCAAAUAUGUGGGGUUCCGAGGUGGCCCUUUGUCUCAGUUGAUUGAGGCGCUUGAAUACUUUUUCCGUUGCUGGUACGAGUCGCUCAACGACGACACGGUCAAUCUGAUUGAUUGGACAUCGGACGAGGUUGCUUUGUAUCUGAAACGUCAAGGUGUUCCAGAAAUGGUGUUGACCCAAUUUCGUGCCGCCAAUAUCACAGGAAGAGAUUUCAUGGAAUUGGAUCUCCAUGCCAUUCAAAAUAUCCUUGGAGCUGGAGAAGGCUAUGACUACUCCGAGGAUAUCCUUGACAUUCUCGAUGAAAAGGUGAAGCAAAAUGCUCGAUCCAGAACCGUGCGUGAGCGUAAAAUACCCCGAUUCGACCACGAUUGGAUGCUGCAAAAGUUCGAUGUGGCUCUGGAUGCACUGAAUAGACGGUCGGACGAUGUUCAACGCGUGGUUCACCGCAACCUCCGGAGUACAGUAUCUACCAGGGAGGCUCGUUUCCGUGACGCCGGCGAGGACAAAAAGAGAGAGUACGAGAAGAAUAAUAUUGUCAAUGAAGGAGUUGAGAAAGACGAGGCUGAAGCCCCUCCCAAGAGGAAGCCACGGAUAUUCGCAAGUCCUACCAAUACUACGACUCGCCAAGGGGGGUUGGAACUUCAAGCCGGCCCUUCUACGAUUCAGUCAAUGGAUGCGGCAGAUAAUCAUGAAGAUGAACGCCCUAGAAAAUGUUCGAGGUCUGGGGGACGUCAACAAGUAUUCCAUCUUUCUUCAAAACAGUCAGCGAACGGCGCAGGCUUGCGCCGCAGUACAAGGCUAAGAGAGAAGGCACGGAAUGGAAGAUUGACGAGGCGGGGAUCUCGUGGUUGA